AUGGAGUUUACUGGCUUAUAUUCAACUUCCCCACAAAUUAACGAGCCCAGCCUGUUUGAUUCCCCCGAGGAGCGGUACUCGAAGGCCAGGCAGAGUGUUCAGCACUUCACUGUUACUCAGCUUGGGCUGGCAAUAUUCUCAAAUGAAAAUUCAAACCAGUAUGUGGUGCAUUCAUACAACUUUUUUGUCUUUCCCUCAACGUUCGGGGUUACGGAUGUCGAAUUUGCCCUCUCUGCCUCUAGCAUUCAGUUCCUGUCUCAUUAUGGCUUUGACUAUAAUAAGUUCCUCAAAGAUGGAAUCCCGUACAUGAAUGAGGUACAGGAGAAGAUGCUUAGCCAGCAUCUCUUAGCGGGCAGCUGCAGAGUCAGCAGUGCUCUGGACAGGGAUGUGCUGAAGAAGGCUAUUGAUGAAGUGACCUGUUGGAUAGCUGCAGCAGAGGAAGAGGAGACUAUGAUUCUGCAGGAUCUGAGUGGCCAUCGGAUGUUUGAAGUUCAGCUGGUUCUGAGAGAGGCUCUCCAAAAUGUUUGGACACAGCCUCUUGGAGACAAGAAGGUAAUGGUGAAAAAAGUGAGUCCACAGCAGCGUCGACUUCUGGAGAACUCUCCUUAUGACUACUGCCAGAAAGAACUCAUCCUCCUGUCUGCCCGGGGCUUCACCAACCUCUUCCAGACAUUUGUUAAAGCCAAGAAGCCCCUGGUGGGACACAAUAUGCUUAUGGACCUUAUGCACCUUCAUGACAAGUUCUACAAGCCCCUUCCAGAGAGCUAUGAGGAGUUUAAAAGGAACAUUCACAACCUGUUUCCUGUCCUCAUAGACACCAAGACUGUAACAAAAUCAAUCUGGAAGAAAAGUCCGUUUCCUCGAGUAUCUAAUCUUUUGGAGGUGUAUAUGGUUUUGUGCAGCAACCUAAAUCCCAAAGAUCCAGCGUGCCCUGUGAUAGCUCUUGCAAGUGACUGCUCGAGAUAUGCUGAGAAGAAAUCUCCUCACGAGGCAGGCUAUGAUGCAUUUCUCUGUGGUUCAGUUCUUCUGAAGUCAGCUCAUUUGCUACUGUGCAGAUCCACAGUUGAUGCAGUGGAGGCUGAUCCUUCUUUCUCUCAGUAUCUCACCGUGUUAGCCGAGUAUCUGAACAAAGUGAAUUUCAUCCGAGGUGGUGUUUCAAGCAUUAAUUUUUCUGGGGAAGAUGCUCCCUGCCAGUAUCCCCCUGCCUUGGUUGUCCAUGUCCAAGGCUGGCCAGGGCUGAAUGAAAGGCAGGUUUACCAAGAGUUUAGAGCUCAUUGUCGCUUUGAUGUCAGACGGCUUUCAAAGAACCAGUUCAUUCUGCUCUCCAAUAAAUUCAAGCACGUCAAGCUUGUUCUGCGAGAUUAUAAGCAUCACCCUCAUCUGCCGGUUUCCAUCUAUCGUCACUGGAGGCACUCUCCGCGUGUGAACUGCCUGCUGCAAGUCUCUGGUAUUGUGGCAUUAUGGUCUGUCUUGGCUUUUGUACUCGGAGGAGCUUCUUGCUGUUCUUUCUAA